AAAGGCGAAGCUGAUGUUGUAACGGUAGUUGAAAAGGCUGAUGAAAGUGCUCUGCUGUUGAAGCAUUCGAACUCGGACAUGAUUUGUCGCAUUACGCUGACCAGCGUACUGCUUCGUGAAGAUCAUGUUACUGCAGAGGGUGAUGGAGCUACGGCAGCGGCUGCUGCAGGCGCCAAAGCUGCACCGCCAAAGGAUCCACUGCCGAAGGUCCCUUGCCUGGAAGCGCUUGCUGAAUUGAGACACGCCAAGUGGUUCCAGGUUAGAUGUUCAAACUUGCAGUCAGCAGCAAUUACGCUUCGUAUCUUGCGUGAUGUACGCCAACGUGUUUCAACAUGGCAGCCAUUAAGAGCCUGGGCGGCCGAACUGCUUGUGGAAAAAGUCCUGUCAUCGCUAGGUUAA